UCUGUCAUGGCCGCUCACUGAUGACACUUACAGCACAUGGGCAGAAAUCAAACUCAUUACAGCGAGCAGUGAACGGCAGCCGGUAUCACAGCGGAGCACACGAGCUCCUCACGUUUCACACUCACAGCCGGAGCCGCUCUUUAGCGACGUGACGCGUAUUUUACUUAUUUACUGAGGGUUGACGACGAUGAUGAUGCUUGAGCUGGAGGUGGCGGUUCUGGGCGGACAGAGUCCGGACUGGAAACAGAGCGGCAUCAGCACCACAGAUGGUGGGGCACUGCUGCAGUUGGUGUUUGAGGGAGAUUUUGAGGCCGUGCUCUUCAGUGCUGCUGUGCAGGGGCUGCUGGGAGGUGUUCCUGAAGAGGAUGAUAGCAUCGAGACUUAUCUGGAGAGACGGGUGCUUGCUUACCUGAGCAAUGCCACUGAAGACCAGAGGAGUGACAGAGAGACCGUUCUGCUGGGGUUGGCUGUGGGGUGUCUGAACCUCUUUGCCCAGAGUAAUUGGACCGGCCCGCCACUUGAUCUCCAUGUCUCUGAUUUUCUGCCUGAGACAUUGCUCCAGAACUUCUUACAGCCUGCAGCUCUAAACUCGGCUGUGUUGUCCAGUCUUCAGCUAGAUGGAGAGUCCGUCUACAGUCUUGUGUCCAACCCCCUCCUACUGCUGCUGACCAGAGUCAUACUCGUCCACUGCACAGCCAAACUGGAGAGCCUUCAGCUGGUGCCCUGGUGGACGCUGAGAUAUGUCACUCUUCAUCAGCAGAUAUUGGAGGAAAGAUCCCCACAGCUCUUCAACCUGGCACUCAGCUGCAUAGAGAAAGUGUGUAAGUGUGAGGAGCUGUUCACCAACAUCACACACUGUAACCUGGCAAUUCAGUUCCACUUGGAGUGCAGUUAUACCUGCCUGACCUACUAUGAGUACCGCAGCGCCAAAGAACAUCUGCAGACAGCCCGUGAUCUGUCAGGACUGGACGUUAACAUGACAGGGGCACUUGGAAAGAGAACUCGUUUUCAGGAGAACUUCCUUGCUCAGCUCAUUUUGCAUGUGAAAAGGAAGGAAGACGCAACCAUUCAGAAAUCCAAGAGUCCCUCCCUUGCACCAACACCUAAAGAACUCUUACCAAAGGAUCAUCAGCUGAGUGAUGAUACAGUCCUGAACCAGAUUAACUUAGCGGACCCCUCUGAGCAUGAACUCCCAGUUCUCACUGCUGAAGAACAGGCCCUUAUACUGGCAGUUUGCAUAGACUUCCAGAAGAAUAAUCCAGUUCACAAACUAAAUGACGAGGAACUCUUGGCCUUCACAACGUGUUUGUUGUCUCAGCCAAAGUUCUGGGCGGUGGAAGUGACAUCGUUAUGCCUGAGGACCAAACUGGAGAGAGGAAGCUCUCGGAGAGUAGAACGUGCCAUGAUGCAAACACAGACAUUGGUGGAUUUCUUCAGUGAGAAGAACUGUCCCGUCACUGAGAGAAUGAAGAUGUUCUACACCUGCCGGGCACCUCCUCUCUGGGAUCUACAGAGACAGUUGGCGAGUCUGUUGACUGAUUUGGGCCUGACGAGUUCUGCGCUACUAAUCUAUGAACGGCUGGAACUCUGGGAGGAUGCAGUCAUCUGUCUGGAGAGGAUGGGACAGCACGGCAAGGCAGAGGAGAUUUUGAGGCGUGAGCUGGAGAAAAAGGAGACCCCAUCUCUCUACUGUCUGUUAGGAGACGUGGUGAAGGACCCCCAGUAUUACGACCGAGCGUGGGAGCUUUCAAAACACCGCAGUGCACGUGCACAAAGAUCAAAAGCUCUGCAUCACCUCCGCAACAAAGAGUUCCAGCAGUGUGUGGAAUGUUUUGAAUGCUCCCUGCGAAUCAACGCAAUGCAGCUGGGUGUGUGGUUCUCCCUUGGCUGUGCGUAUUUUGCACUGGAGGGCUAUGAGGGGGCUGCCAAAGCUUUCCAGAGAUGCGUCGGACUGGAACCAGAUAAUUCAGAAGCAUGGAACAACCUCUCCACAGCGUUUAUUAAACUGAGAUUGAAGGAGAAGGCAUUCCGCACCCUUCAGGAAGCGCUCAAGUGUAAUUAUGAGCGAUGGCAGAUCUGGGAGAAUUUCAUUGCUGUGUGUAUAGACCUGGGCGAGUUCAGUGAGGCUAUCAGAGCUUACCAUCGGCUCAUGGACCUCAAGGACAAAUACAAGGAUGUGGAGGUGCUGGAAAUCCUUGUGCGUGCAGUAGUGGACAACCUGACCGAUCACCGUGGUGACCAGGCAUCCAAUCUUAAAACUAAACUACAGGAGCUCUUUGGUCGAGUCUCUGCUUGCUGCAGUACUGACGCACAAAUAUGGAGGCAGUACGCACGUCUCUACGGCAAUGGACAUAGCAACAACCUGCAAGAUAAUGAAAAAGCACUGCAGUUCCUGAGUAAAGCCCAUCGGUGUGAAAUGCAGGCUGCAGGCUGGGAGAAAGACAUGAGCAGCUUCAGAUCCGUAGUAAAGGGAGCCAGAGACAUGGCUAAUGUAUCUAUCGGCUGUAGCAGGUCUAAGCACAAUCCUCAGGAAGCUCUACAGUUACUGUCUUCAUCUCGGCUUAGUCUGAAGAGUCUCGUCACCAAAGCCAAGCAACUGUACACUAAUGUUGCCACAGGAGAACUCCAUGAUGACCUCAGAGGUGAUGUCACAGAGCUUGAACAGAUAAUCACAGAGCUGCAGGACCUGAGUGCCCAGCUACGCAGUCAAUGAGAAUAAAACAUAUCACUGUCGUCCCACCUUAUCUCCUUCCAUCCUUUUGAAUGAUUGAUUUAAACAUUUCAAAAUAAAAGUGCAUUUUAAAGUCAAAUUUUAGACAAACAAGAACUUUCUGUCUGGAAAUCGCUUUUAGGGCUCAGCAGCCUGUUGCAAAAAACCCUUCAAGCUAAGAAAACCUUUAAUUAUAAAACCCAUACAAUUACAACUAAGGGUUUUCUUAACAUAAGGGUUUUUUGCAACUGGUCCCAGGACUUCUAUUAACAUUCUGUCCCAUUAUCGGUUCAGUCUACUGGGAUAAACCGAAGGGAAGGCUUAGGCUAUGUUUGAAAUGCUACCCGACUACUCUUACUAUUUCUGCAGUAUCUACUGUAUAAACUGCAGAAAUAGUAAGAGUAGUAUGGUAGUAUGCUGUUCUGAACUUAGCCUUAGGGACUGAAUUAAAGAUGAUUCAAUUGAUCCAAAGUCAUCUGCCAGUUGCCCUAAUCAAAACGCCUGUGAUCACAUGAUCUGUGAUUAAGGUCCCUGAGACCAGCAUUGAACAUCUCAUCCAUGUUUAUGUACAAAUGUGCCUCAGUAAAAUUUAAUAAUAAAUACUCAGCUUCUUUCUUACACA